UAUAGUAUAGUUCAAAGGUGUCUCUCAGACCACGUCUGGUUAAUGGUUACUCAUGUAAACAUUCUUAUCUGCUGAUCAUUGGAUUCGUUAAUGUUGCACCAGAGUUUCUCUCUGCUGCCUUCACUUUGCUUCAUUUUAGGUUCAUGAAAACAUCUCAUCAUGUCGGGCUUAAGCGGGAAGGUCCAGACGGUCCUGGGUCUGGUGGAUCCAGACCAGCUGGGCCGCACCAUGACCCACGAGCAUCUGACAUACAAACACCUGGAUGUGAAAUUUGACUUCUGCUUCGUCCCUCCUCCACUUGGAGACGAGGCGGCGGCGAAGAACCCGUUCCAAAUACAGCACAUGCACUGGCUCCGGCAGAACCCCUACAGCUGCUCCGACAACAUGAAUCUGAAGAAGGACGUGGCCGCUGUGCGCGACGAGCUGCUGGCUUACAGGAAGGCUGGUGGUGGCUCGAUCGUGGAGAACACCACAACGGGCAUAGACCGAGACGUGGUGACCCUCAGGGAGCUGGCUAAAAGCACUGGGGUCCACAUCGUUGCAGGAGCUGGCUUCUAUGUGGACUGCACCCACACCGAGGCCACCAAGGCAAUGAGUGUGGAGAAGCUCACAGAUAUCAUGGUCAGCGAGGUGCUUCAUGGUGCCGAUGGCACAGACAUCCGCUGUGGUGUGAUCGGAGAGAUCGGCACCAGCUGGCCCAUCACAGACAGCGAGAAGAAGGUGCUGAAGGCCACAGCUCACGCUCAGGCUCAGCUGGGGUGUCCCGUCAUCAUCCACCCCGGCAGGGAUCCUGCUGCUCCGCCACAGAUUGUCCGGAUUCUCCAGGAAGCAGGUGGUGACAUCAGCAAAACGGUCAUGUCUCACCUGGACAGGACGAUACUUGAUGAAGGUGAACUGCUUGAGUUUGCUAAUCUGGGCAGUUACCUGGAGUACGACCUGUUUGGAACAGAGAUGCUGAACUACCCGUUCAACCUGGAGGUGGACAUGCCCAGUGACAGCCAGAGAGUCCAGACCUUGGCGUUCCUGGUGAAGCAGGGCUACGAGGACCGGAUGUUGAUCUCACACGACAUCCACACCAGGAACCGUCUCAUCAAGAACGGUGGCCACGGCUACUCCCACAUCCUGAAGAACAUAGUGCCAAAGAUGCUGACGAGGGGCAUCUCACAGCAUCAGGUGGAUAAGAUCCUCAUCCACAACCCGAAGUGCUGGCUCACCUAAGGCAGAACGAGACACUUUGAUGGAACCUGGUAUUGUCUUGACGAGCCACAUAACUCCAUAAAAUUUUGAAGUCCUUUAGUGUCUAAACAUGUAGUUCACAUCUUAAUCAUUUUCAUUACAAUAUCGGUUCUAUAACAUAUGCACCUGUUCAGCAUUGUGUCACUGUCACUACUAAAAUCAUACACAUGCUGUGAAUUUGAGCAACCGUCGCCUCGUUUACGUCGUUAUUAUCAUACAGAAAAAAGCCGGAACUAAACUUAGACUUGCUCAUUCUGCAUUAUGUUUAAAUUUACAUGAUAAGUUGGUGCCGUUUCCACCACUCCUUGGUCUGAAAAAGCGGCUGAAACCCUCACAGUACUGAACCCAAUAAGAGUAUUUAUUACUGAGGGCGGGGCUGAGUCCUAGACCUGUAGGCACCGGGCGCAACACUGGCUGCACACGAAGGUUCCGCUUCUGUUCUUUUUAGUUCUGUUGAACUAAAGCCGUUCUGUCCUAAUCAGUGCACGUGGGAUUGAUUAUAAAACCACCAGAUUGUUAAUCUACUAUCUACAGACAAGUUUAACUACCGAUACUUGAUUUGCUCCCUUUACGAUAAAUGUAAAAACAAACAUUAAGUGUAUCUGUCCUGUAAUUUGUGCUUUGACUGUUCUUUCGAUUUACAUAAAAAGCAUUAAAACUGUAA